AUGCGCCCACAAUCUGCCGCCCUGCCUGCUGAUAUUGGUUUUCAGUGUACCGAUGAGGAGCUCUGUAUUUCUCUAGGGAAAAUAAUUAGUGGAUCCCCUCUUCCAGGCAAUGUGAUUGAAGAUGCAAAUCCUUACCAACUAGUGCCCUCAAAUUUACCUGAUGGUUUUUGGUACUUCAUUCACUCUAAUGAGAACAAACCUACAAAUUUUGGAUAUUGGAGAACCAAAGGGGAGGCCUGCAGAAUAUUCUCAAACUCUUCCAUCACUGGUUGGAGAGCUACUCUUGAGUUCUAUCAAGGCCAUGCCCCUCAUGAAAGUAAAACCGAUUGGGUGAUGCAAGAAUACUGGCUAACUCAGAAGAAGUUGUCUGAAGACAGCAAGGCAAAGGAACCCAGGUCACUUUGCAGAGUCUUUUGUAGCAAUGAACAAAAAUCGAACUGCAAAAAUCUUCAGAAGAUGGUUAGUUCUGAUAGUGCUAGUUACUCAACACAUUCAGCUGUUCCACAUACCAAGAAUUGUACUAGUCACAGUUCCACGAGCAAGCCUCAGGUGAUCAAGGAUAAUGAAAGGGGAACAUUAAUGGUUACAGAAAGAGUUCCAGAUCAUAAUGUACAAAUUAUGCCUGAAAUCGAUUACGUUUCCAGAGGUGACUACUUGGAACUGCUGGAUCUUGAUACACCAGCAUCCUUUUCUUUUAGUUCAGAUUCAAGUUGCUUGACUAUGUCAUCGGAUGAAUGCUUCGAUUCUCUGGCAUUGUUAGAAGAACUAGAGCCUAAAAAUAGCCAAGACUUGGUAAACAAGAAUGCAGGUUGCAAGUUCAGUAUCUCUGCACCUCCAAGAUCAGAUGAGUUGGUCAUGUUUGCAGCCUCUUCAGGAUCUUUCAGCAAGUCUCCAAGUGAAGAAAGAGUCAAAACUCAUUCUCCAAUUCCUGGUUCAGCUGUUUGUGGCAAGAUCUCAGGAAAGACUUCAAACAAUAUGAGCAGAAUUCAGAAACCAGAUAAUAGGAAUGAAGGAGGCCCAUCAACUUCUCAUAAUGUUGAUGUCUCACCCAGCAGCCAUACUGCAUCCCAAGAAGGAAAAAGGAGGGCUAGAACUAUUGGCAGAACCGAAAAGCUUAAGAAGAAGUAUUUCUGCUUCAUGCCAUUUUAG